UCAACGAAAAGAAAAAGAAAGAAAUUAAAAUGGAAGAGUGGAAUGUAAAAUGCAAGAAUUGCGAAUUAACGGCAUGGACAUACUGUCAAAUUGACAGAAACAGCUUAUGCUGGCGAUGCGACACCAUUCUUCACGAAACCAACUCUGAUCUUUCUAACCAUAUUCGAUCUGUUCUCUGCCAUAAAUGCCAAAAAAUUACUCCAUGGUCUGCCUUCGGUCCUAAUCUCCCUACUUGCAGGGCCUACUGUUAUUCUUGUGACCCUAAAACGUCUGGGAUUCUUAAUAAUAUCCUCACUAAAAUGAAUCAAUUCUCAUCAACAACUGAUGAUAAUCAAGACGAUGAUCAAUCUCAACUUUAUGAAAAUCAACAUUCAUCGUCUUAUCAGAAUGCUGGAGUUGUCAUGUCAUCUAUAAUUGAUCGCAUUAAGAAAGUACUUAUCACUAAUGUAGAUGAUGAUGAUGAUGAAGAUGAUGAUGAUGAUGAUGAUGAUGAUGAUGAUGAUGGUGAUGAUGAUUCUACUUCUAACAUUACUAGUACGCCGCCUAGAAAGAUCGUUGUUAUUGAACAUGGUACUGAAGAUCCAAUAUUCCAGAAGACUGCCGAACAUGUAAAGGAAUACUUGUGGCUUAUUGGUGUUCGUGAUUAUAUUACAGUGGAGAUUAACCCUAUGUCCUCGCCAAGAAAAGGAAGUUUUGUGAUCACAAAUGGGGAUACUACAUACAUUAGUUUGCUGAAUCUGGAGCCUCCAUUUGAUGAGUUAAACCAUCUUGAUGUGAACUCAAUAGCUGCUAAAAUCAUCGGCUUUAACUUGAAGAAUAAGCUAGGAAUGAUGUAAUAAAACAUACGUA